AUGACAUCACAAGGGACUUUUUUAGACAACUAUGCUGCCAAGGAUAACGACUCGUUAAGAAGUAAGAUGUUAUCAAUUGCUUCAUUGAUGAGCGGUAACAGCUCGACAAAUUCGAUCUCAAGCAAAGAGAAGGAGAGAUUUGGACUAAGAAAGUUGGCUAGGAGUUAUUUGAAAGCAGCAAACAGGACUGAAAGAACAAUGAACAAAACUGAAAAUCAGGAUAAUAGCGACAUUUCAGUAGCUCCAUAUACAAAGAAGAUGUUGAUAGGGAAGAUCCACACAAAAAGUGGAACUAAAAUUUAUCUUGAUACCAACAAAUCGAGAGAAUCUCUUCUGAUUCGGAAGCAUCAUUCACACGAAAAGUCAGAUGAAGAUGCAUCGAGCGUCCCCCAAUUGAAAUAUGACGGUGACUACGAUCCUGUGCUCGGAAAGUUGCAAAUAAACUCAUCAUCAGAAGAUGAGGAUUCCGAAUGGUUGGAAUCUGGUCUACAAGAUAGAUGCUUAGUAGUGAUACGCGACUUUCCAACAGGUACAGGCUUGAAAAGUGUUUUGAACCAAGUACAAGGCGGUGCUCUCAAAAAUAUCACGGUUCAAUAUAGAAAGGAAAGUAGUCAAUUAAAAACCGUUGAAUUGGAGUUCCAAUGCCCUGAAGAUGCGCAGCAUUUUAUGGAGUAUGGACGACAUUCUGUUUUCCAAAUCAACGGUGUUCAUUUAAGACCAAGAUGGGGCACUCAAUCUUUAAGUGAGAAUUUUGAAGCAUCCAUAAACCAUGCGACUCAAAAAGAUUCACUUAACGUUUACUCACCAUCAAGCCGUUGUCUUUUGUUGAAGAAACAAGGCAGUAGAAAUCCAAAGCAUUCGAGUUGUCAUUAUCCCUCACCUAGGUCUCAUAUUUGUGAUUUAAAUAUUCAAGAGUUAAAGAAGGACUUUGGUCAGUUUGGAAAUAUACUAGAUAUUUCCCCUAUGAUUUCAAGGAAGUUGUGUGUCCAGAUUAACUUCUUCGACAUAAAGAGUGCCAUGGAUGCCUUGCAAUCAUACAAAUGUAGUAAUUCGCCAUUGAACCGUAAAUAUGCUGAUUCUUGGACCAUUGGAUAUGGCAAAGAUAUUACAGAUAAACCAUGUGUUCAUGUCUAA